GACUCGCGACUCGCCCAGUGUCCUGUCAGCUGUGGUUGGGAGUGUGUUGCUCCUCUUGGUGGAAAUUUAUCACUGAAGCCAUGUGGUAUUUACGUUUAUGGCUGUUAGCCCCGGUGUUGUGUUAUCUGAGCACCCUGGCGACCUGUGCUGAGGAUAGGGAUUUGCUCCUCAUCACUGUGGCCACCAAUGAGACCGAUGGCUAUCAGCGGUUCAUACGGUCCCUUAGGGUCUAUGGUCUCCAGGUUAAGGUGUUGGGUUUGGGAGUCACCUGGGAGGGAGGAGAUGUCCAGAAUACUGUGGGAGGUGGCCACAAGAUUAACCUGUUAAAGGCCGAGCUCUACAAGUACAAAGAUGAUGAAAACAAGAUCAUCAUGUUUACUGACAGCUAUGAUGUGAUAGUCACAGGUGGCAAAAACACCAUCCUAGAGAAAUUUGACUCCCUUGAUGCCCGAGUAGUAUUUGGUGCUGAAGACUUUUGUUGGCCAGAUAAAAGCCUUGCUGAAAAUUACCCACGGGUUUCAUUUGGUUACAAGUAUCUGAAUUCUGGAGGUUUUAUCGGCUAUGCCUCAGAUCUUUAUGGGGUCGUAUCAUCCCAUGAUAUCAGAAAUGAUGACGAUGACCAGCUGUACUACUCACAAUUAUACAUCAACAAAGAAUUGAGGAACAAAUAUAAAAUGAAGCUGGAUACUCAUGCCAGGAUAUUCCAGAACUUGAAUGGACAGUUUGGUGAUGUCUCCCUGAAAUUUGAAGAUGAUGAUGUUAGGAUACAGAACACAGUGUAUCAGACCAUCCCUGUUGUCAUUCAUGGAAACGGACCCACCAAGGUGUUGCUGAACUCCCUGGGAAACUACCUGGCCAAGUCCUGGACUGUGAGUGAAGGCUGCCUGGCCUGUGAGGAGAACAGGCUGGAGAUGGAGACUGUGCUGGAAGAGGAUCUUCCCCAAAUGCUGGUUAGUGUAUUUAUUGAAAAACCCGUACCUUUCCUGGAGGAAAUGUUGGGGAAAAUUGAGCUGCUGGAUUAUCCAAAACACAAGAUAGAUCUGCUUGUCCAUAACCAGGCAAAAUUACAUGAAGAGCUGACAAAUGGCUGGGUUGCCAGUGUGAAGUCUCUGGGGUACCGCUCUGUCAAGUACAUCUCUGUCAAUGACAACAUGAAAGAGUGGCAUGCUCGUAACUUGGCCAUAGAACUGUGCUUAAAGAAUAACUGUGAUGCAUUCUUCAGUAUUGACGGUGAGGUUCACCUUGAUAAUCCAAAGGCACUGUCACUUCUGUUGUCACACAACAGACCUAUUCUUGCUGCUGGCAUGGUGCGUGAUGGCCAGGCUUGGUCAACUUUCUGGGGAGCAGUCAAUGAGGAUGGGUUCUAUGCUCGUUCCAUGGACUACAUGGACAUUAUCAACAAUAAGAGAAGUGUUGGAGAAGCCGGCAGGUGUGCAUGACGGGGGAGAGGUGGAGUUAAAACAAGAUUGUGGAUUGAAGCGGCGGGAGAGAAGGAAGAGGAGUGAGAGAAGGAGAGGGAUGAGGGAGUAGAAGCAAGGUAAGCGGUGAACGAGAGACUGCAUACGUUUACCCGUGACCUUGAUGACCUUGAAGCGGGAAGGUCAGUGAAGGUCAGAUUCGCCUCUCUCUCUCUCUCUCUCUCUCUCUCUCUCUC